GUCAAUGCGCAUCUGAACCUACAUACCUCAGUUGAGGAGGCAUUGAGGAGGUUGAUUUACAAAUGAAGAUAUGCAUUCACAUAAUUCUGGAAGAAAGCAGGCUGAAGUAAGAGACUUAACACUCCAGUAGUCUUUUUACUGAAUGUACUAUUAAGUCUCUCCUCGUUUCACCUGGAAGCCGGACUCCGUGCUGGAGAUUGCACUUCUCACGAUGGAACCCGGACUUGCUGAAGAUCUAUCCCACUGUGAAGAUGAGACAAUGGUUCCAGUACUGACAUCGAAAAAAGCCAGUGAAUUACCAGUGAAUGAAGUUGCGUGUUUGUUGCAGGCUGACCUGCAGUACGGCUUGACCAACAGUGAGGUGGCCCAUCGCCGUGCCUACCAUGGCUGGAAUGAGUUUGAUAUCAGUGAAGAUGAGCCACUCUGGAGGAAGUACAUUUCUCAGUUUAAAGAUCCCCUCAUCAUGUUGCUGCUGGCAUCCGCUGUCAUCAGCGUGCUAAUGCGACAGAUUGACGAUGCCGUCAGCAUCACCGUGGCCAUUAUUAUUGUUGUUACUGUUGCCUUUGUUCAGGAGUAUCGCUCUGAGAAGUCCCUGGAGGAGCUGGGGAAACUGGUGCCUCCUGAAUGCCACUGUGUGCGGCAGGGGCACAUGGAGCACCUUCUGGCACGUGAGCUGGUCCCAGGGGACACAGUCUGCCUGUCUGUGGGAGAGAGGGUCCCAGCCGACCUGCGUCUCUUUGAGGCGGCUGACCUGUCGAUAGACGAGUCGAGUCUAACAGGAGAGACAGCCCCCUGCCCCAAGUCCUCAGCUCCCCAGCCUGCAGCCACAAAUGGGGACAUAACCUCCCGCAGCAAUGUGGCCUUCAUGGGAACUCUGGUGCGCUGUGGCAAAGCGAAGGGCAUUGUCAUUGGAACUGGAGAAAACUCGGAGUUUGGCGAGGUCUUCAAGAUGAUGCAAGCAGAAGAGGCCCCAAAAACCCCUUUACAAAAAAGCAUGGAUCUUCUUGGAAAGCAGCUAUCCCUCUAUUCUUUUGGUAUCAUAGGAGUCAUCAUGCUUGUUGGAUGGCUUCAGGGAAAACAUAUAUUAGAUAUGUUCACCAUUGGUGUCAGCCUGGCGGUGGCAGCCAUCCCAGAAGGGCUCCCCAUCGUGGUGACCGUCACACUAGCGCUGGGUGUUAUGCGGAUGGUCAAGAAACGCGCCAUUAUCAAGAAGCUCCCCAUCGUUGAAACACUGGGCUGCUGCAAUGUGAUCUGCUCAGACAAGACGGGGACCCUGACGAAGAACGAGAUGACGGUCACUCAUCUGUUCACCUCCGACGGGCUCCACGCAGAGGUCACGGGCGUCGGCUACAACAACGCCGGAGAGGUUCUGCUGGACGGAGAAGUGGUCCACGGCUUCUCCAAUUCAUCCGUCACUAAAAUAGUGGAGGCUGGCUGCAUCUGCAACGAUGCCGUCAUCAGGAACAACACACUCAUGGGACGUCCCACAGAAGGAGCACUCAUUGCCCUGGCCAUGAAGAUGGGAUUGGAGGGGGUCAAUCAGGAGUACAUCCGAAGAGAGGAGCACCCUUUCUCCUCAGAGCAGAAGUGGAUGGCCGUCCGCUCUGUCCACCAAACUCAGCAGGACAAACCGGGAACAUACUACUUGAAAGGUGCCUACGAACAAGUUAUUCGCUUCUGCAGUUCCUACAACAGCAAAGGGGUGACACUGCCGCUGACCAGCCAGCAGAGGGAGCUGUACCAGCAACAAAAGAGCUACAUGGGCACAGCUGGUCUGAGAGUGCUGGCAUUUGCGUCGGGAUCGGAAUUGGGAACUCUCACUUUCCUGGGACUUGUGGGCAUCAUCGACCCCCCUAGAGAAGGGGUAAAAGAAGCAGUGGGCAUGCUCGUCAGCUCGGGUGUGGCCAUCAAGAUGAUCACCGGAGACUCCCAGGAGACCGCUGUGUCUAUUGCCAGCCGACUGGGCCUGUAUACCAAAGGGUCCCAGUCCCUCUCUGGAGAAGAAGUGGACCAGAUGGACAUUCAGCAGCUGUCACAUAUAGUUUCCCGGAUAGUGGUAUUCUACAGAGCUAGCCCCAGACACAAACUGAAGAUUGUCAAGUCUUUGCAGAACAUCGGUGCGGUGGUGGCAAUGACAGGGGACGGGGUCAAUGAUGCGGUGGCCCUUAAAGCCGCGGACAUCGGGGUGGCCAUGGGCAAGACGGGGACAGACGUCUGCAAGGAGGCAGCUGACAUGAUCCUGGUGGAUGAUGACUUCCAGACCAUCAUGUCAGCCAUUGAGGAAGGCAAAGGAAUUUACAACAACAUUAAGAAUUUUGUCAGGUUUCAGCUCAGCACGAGUAUUGCGGCUUUGACUCUAAUUUCCUUGGCUACUUUGAUGAAUUUCCCUAAUCCCCUAAAUGCCAUGCAGAUUCUGUGGAUUAAUAUCAUAAUGGACGGACCGCCAGCUCAAAGUCUGGGCGUGGAGCCAGUGGAUCUGGAUGUGAUCCGGAAGCCUCCGCGUAACGUAAGAGACAGCAUCAUCACCCGCACCCUGAUUGUGAAGAUCCUGGUUUCGUCUCUCAUCAUCGUGUGCGGGACCCUCUUUGUGUUCUGGAGAGAGCUGCAAGACAACGUAAUCACCCCGCGGGACACCACCAUGACCUUCACCUGCUUCGUCUUCUUCGACAUGUUCAACGCACUCAGCUCCAGGUCGCAGACCCGUAUGGUGCAUGAGAUGGGCCUGUGCAGCAACAGGAUGUUCUGCUAUGCAGUUCUGGGCUCCAUCAUGGGCCAGCUGCUGGUCAUUUACUUCCCCCCGCUACAGAAGGUGUUCCAGACCGAGAGCCUCAGUAUUUUGGAUCUGCUUUUCCUCGUGGGGCUGACCUCCACUGUGUGCGUGGUCUCUGAGCUAAUAAAGAAGAUGGAGAGGUGGAGAGGCCGAGGGACAGGCAAAAUCGAGACAUCAGAUUCUUUCCACGAAGUAUGA